UAAAACUAACAGAUUUUAUAUGGCAAUAGAGUACACAGAUAUACAAAAUAUAUGUGAAACAAGUUUCUUUUUUUUGUUUGUUCUUUUGAGAUGGAGUCUCCCUCUGUUGCCCAGGCUGGAGUACAGUGGCACAAUUUCGGCUCACUGCAACCUCCACCUCCCGGGUUCGAGCAAUUCUUCUGUGUCAGCCUCUCGGGUAGCUGGUAUUACAGUAGAGACAGGGUUUCACCAUAUUGGCCAUGCUGGUCUCAGAACUCCUGACCUCGUGAUCUGCCUGCCUCAGCCUCCCAAAGCGCUGGGAUUACAGGCCUUUUAUUUGUUUGUUUUUAGUGUUUGCUCUGGACUGAGUGCAAUGGUGUGGUCUCGGCUCACUGCAACCUGCACCUCCUGGGUUCAAGUGACUCUUCUACCUCAGCUUCCCAGAUAGCUGGGAUUACAAGUGUGGAUUACCACGCCUGGCUAAUUUUGCACUUUUAGCAGAGAUGGGGUUUUACCAUGUUAGCCAGAUGGGCCUGGAACUCCUGACCUUGGGUGAUUCACAUGCCUCAGUCUCCCAGAGUGCUGGGCCUCGAGACAAAAAUUUCUUUACCAUAGUUAGCUUUAGUAUGCAGAUUUUUUUUUUCCAUCAACUGUUAUUAUUGUUUUGAGAUGGAGUCUUGUUCUGUCACCCAGGCUGGAGUGCAGUGGUGCCAUCUUGGCUCGCUGCAACCUCUGCCUCUCGGGUGAAAGCGAUUCUCUUGCCUCAGCCUCCUGAGUAGCUGGGAUUAUGGGUAUGUGCCACCACACCCGGCUAAUUAUUUUUUUAAACUGCUGAUUCCACCCUGUUUUGAAUUCUCCACCCACGAUCUUGUACUUUGGAAGAGGCCAAUCUAGGGCAGGUGGCUCGCCCAGGAAUUUUUGGACCAGGUUGCAGUUUAUCUGUAAAGUGAGCUGGGGAGGAGAGUCAUGGUCAUAGCUUUGCAGGAGGUGCAGACAUGUAGAUUCUCUAUGGAGUGAAGACCUCGCUUUCUUAAGAGCUGGCUGGAUGCUUCUGGUGGACAGGAGAGGCAGAUGGAGCUGAGUGCACUUUCCUUGCCUGUUUUGUGCCAGGCCCUGUGCUAGGCCGCGUUUGUUCUCCCGACCUCUUUUGGGAGGAGGAACAAAUCUGUUUCAACUCCCAGAAGUGGGAAAGAGCUUCACAGAGGCUGCGAUCACACCCCAUCAUGUGGCCUCAAUGCCGGCAGCGCCCCUCUCUUCAGCCCUGCCUAUGGCCAGGUGCUGGGCUGCGCUUCUGCCUGUCACAGCACCGCACGCUGGCAAGAAAUUUAGGGCUUGUCAUGUCCCCAUUUCACAGGCCUCACCUGGACCCAGGGACUCUCGAACGAGGCGCGCUGGCCUAGCCCGACGGGGCGAGUCCCCACGUCCCUGUCCGUUCCAUCGCUCAGUUCCACGGCUCGCUACCCUGCCGCCCCGCCUGUUCGCGGGUGAGUGGGCGCUUCCCUCGGCUCCCCGUGACACUUUGCAGACAUUCCCCGGCGCCGGGCAUGGGCGCCGCCGCCGUCGGUCCCCGAGCCGGAUUCCACGCGCGGGAUGGACCCUCGAGUCCGUCCGCGUCCCUCCAUUUGUGGCUGCUGUUUCUGUCCAGUGCCUCUGAGGCGCUCGGCUGCUGGGGUCCACAGGAAGCCACACCAUGAAUGACCGGACCAGCCGGAGGCGGACAAUGAAGGAAGAUGAGGCCUUCGAGAUCUCCAUCCCCUUCGACGAGGCGCCCCACCUAGACUCCCAGAUCUUUUACAGUCUGAGCCCCUCUCGGGGAAACUUCGAGGGGCUCCCUGAAGACACAUCCCCUACCCGGGCCCUGAUGAACAGCGUCAAGGCCCAGCUGCACAUGGCCCUGGAGAGGAACUCCUGGCUGCAGAAACGCAUCGAGGACCUGGAGGAAGAGAGGGACUUCCUGCGCUGCCAGCUGGACAAGUUCAUCUCUUCCGCUCGAAUGGAUGCAGAGGACCACUGCCGGGUGAAGCCUGGGCCACGGCGGAUUGAGGGGGACAGCCGGGGUGGAGCUGGGGGCGAGGCCUCAGACCCCGAGUCAGCAGCCUCUUCCCUCAGCGGAGCGUCGGAAGAAGGCAGUGCCAGUGAGAAGAGGCGGCAGAAGCAGAAGGGAGGUGCCCGUCGGAGGCGCUUUGGGAAGCCCAAGGCCCGGGAGAGGCAGCGGGGUUCAAGCGAUUCUCCUGCUUCAGCCUCCCAAGUACCUGGGACUACAGAUGUGCGCCACUGUGCCCGGCGAAUUUUUGUAUUUUUAGUAGAGACGGGGUUUGACCGUGUUUGCCAGGCUGGUCUUGAACUCCUGACCUCAAGUGAUCCGCCUGCCUCGGCUUCCCAAAGUGCUGGGAUUACAUGCGUGAGCCACACUACCGGGCCUGCCCUGGGUUUAGUAUCUUUAAGUUUGGGUCCAUCCUUGAGCGCCUUGGGCACCUCCUUAACCUUCAUCAGUGAGAAAGAGGCCUGCUGGAGGACCUGUCUCACGGGGAGCGUGAGGCUUGAUGAAGGACGCUGAUGGGGUCCUCUGCCGGUACAAGAAGAUCCUGGGCACCUUCCAGAAACUCAAGAGCAUGUCGCGGGCCUUCGAGCACCAUCGCGUGGACAGGAACACCGUGGCGCUGACCACACCCAUCGCCGAGCUGCUCAUCGUGGC